CAGUUCCGCUUGGCUAAGUCGUUUCCUUGCACCUCACCGAGUUAAACAUGUCUUAACAGUAGCUGGACACAAUUAUUAUUUUCUGAAAAAAAUAUGUUGGGCAUAAUUUCGACGACUCUCAAACCGUCUUAUGUUUUUCUAUAUAUCUUCGUGUUGAGCUUUUCGUCGGUAACAUCGGACGAGCACAAUGCGUCGCUGCUGUCCGAAGAAGAAGAGGCAGUGACGUCCCGCUCUGAGGGCGUCCCUGAAUUUGCCGAGGACGAGGAUCCGAGGUUACUCAAGCGUCAGUUCAAGACGGCGGAGAUCGCCGACGCCGUGAUGGGCACCGAGGCCCAUGUCGACCCGUCCGACUUGGAGUCUCUCUUCCCCAAGAACGUCAAGGACUUCCUGGCGGGCUUCUCGCCGCCUUGCGACGACAACGGCGGCGAGUGUCCCGCUCCGGUUGCCGAAGACGACGGUGCCGAGACGUCCCAGCGGGUGACGUUGGACAUGGUCCACGCUCCCGCCGCCGAGGAAAAGAACACGGAGGCCGCCAAGACCUUCAAGGUCAACUGCGAGCAGAGGAACGUCAGCGACGUGGAUUCCUUGGCCGUCAACGUCCUCAACGCAUCGCAGGACCUGAUGGAGUUCCUGAACGCCAACGGUACCGAGUGCUCCGUGGUGCUGUUCUUCACAGGCUGGUGUCAGUUCUCGGCCGGCCUGGCGCCCCAUUUCAACGCCCUGCCUCGGGUCUUUCCCGCCGUGCACUUCCUGGCCCUGGACGCCUCGCAGCACAGCAGCCUGUCGACCCGAUUCGGGACGGUGGCGGUCCCCAAUAUCCUUCUCUUUCAAGGAGCCAAACCUAUGGCUCGCUUUAACCACACGGAGAGAACCCUGGACAUGCUUGCCUCCUUCAUCACCAACCAGACGGGGUUGGAGGCGGGGCCGGAGAGGAACGUGACAGACGCCGACCGCCUGGGCCCCCUGGCCAGCGUGCCGGUGAAGAGCGUCGACUGGAUGCUCGUCUUCUCGGUGCUCUUCAUCGCCGGCUUCACCACCUACGGAAUCCUGCGCACCGACAGCGUCCGCUGGCUCAUCCCGGGCCAGGAGCACGAACAUCAGGACUGAAACGCUCGCUGACUGACUGACACUGGAUUGAAUGGAUUUUUCAUGAUGCUUUCAUGAACGACGUUUCCGUUAGAGGUGGUGUGUUGAGGCUUUAUGAAUGUGGGUUGCUGAGUUAAAAAAAAAAAAUAAUUGCAGCUGCUCCUCCCUGGCCAGUCCCUCAAGGACUGUGAUAGUAAGUGUGAGCGGGGGGACUCGAUGCAUAUCGGCCAACAAAUUCUCAGCCAGGUUUCAAGUCAUCAUCGGAAGCGAAAUCUUUAGUUUGAAGCGAUCUGAUGUUCAACAAACGGUGUUUAAUUGUCAAACUUUGAUGCACCAGUGAUUUUAUUACAUUUCUAUGAGUGUCUCUAAAUGGAGCGAAUUUUGUAGAAGUUUCAUAAGCAGUGUUGGGGAGUAACUCAUCUCAUUUUACUACUAGAUUAUGUAAUUUAAUUGCAAAAUUUGUCAUUGUAAUCCAUUACAUUACUGGGAUAAACUGUUUAAUUAAAUUAGUUGCUUUUGGAAAUGUCCAUAAUUCCAAUUUGAGAAAUAGCUACAAAAGCUAAGAGUUUGUUUUUUGUUUCCCCAUAUCCUUUCCUCCUCCGAAAGCCGACGCUUGUGAUUGGCUCUCUCUGGUCAUGUGCCAUUCAGCUGUAGUGUCAAACGUGACCUAUUUUCCAAUUUUCACCUCCAAGCGUCACCUUGUGGUGCAGUCGAAUAGUUUGUCUGAGAUUUGCAAAAGGUUAGAUUCAUAGUUACACUUUUGAACAGUUUCAUCUUUAUAAUUUAGACUUUUUUUAUUUUUUUUUUGGAACAUUCACUUAUCUGGGUUGUCAUAUGAAGUGAUAUUGUCUAAAUUGUGCACAUUUGUCUUUUGUCAACGUGGUAUAAUGUUUUCCACAUACUGUACACACAAUGCAACAAACACAUUUUUUAAAUUAUGUAUUAACAGUUCAUCAUGUUAUCAGUUUAUUCGGGUUUAGAGAAAAUAUAAUUCCAAAGUAGUGAUCUAUGGUAGAUCCAAGGGCCCUGUUGAUGCAUUCAUCCAGAAU